UGUCAGUCUGUAACAGUUGACUUUUUGAAAUCUUUUAGUAUCAGGAAUGAUCCUUGUUGUUCGUAUGUAGCUGAUAAACCAAGUUUUGUGGAAUGAAACGCCACAGGAACUUUCCUUAUUUUAAAAAGGAAUUUCCAAUUUAAAAUGAUACACUCUUAUUGGAGUUUCUGUGUUGGGUUUGUUAUUACAAUUAUAACUAGUGCAGAAGGCCUGUUUUCUCACAGAAACUGUAAACAUAUCCACCCUAAACUUCACGAAGUUAUUCAUGGAGUUCACAUAGAACCAGCUCAUAUAAUGAAGAAAAGGAGUAUUGAUCAACCAUUACGGAUAUUACUUUAUUAUGAUCAAAGCGUAUAUAGGCUUGAAGAAGAAAAAUUUUUACUUAUAAAUAAUACUGUUUUACCUGAAGCUAUUCAUUUUUGGGAGCAAGCUUUGAUGGUUCGUCGAACUGAAAAUGUUAUUAGAUUGAAUAGAAAAUGUGAGAACAACCAAGUAUUUUACCGUAAAGGUGAUUUGCAUUCAUAUUGCAAAAACUCAUGUGAAGUAAAAACAUUGUGUGGGGAAGUUGAAGUGCCUGAGUCUCAUCUAGAUGUCUGUCGAACCUGUAAUGCAACUGGAUUGAGUUGUACUGAGCAUGGUAACCCAGGUAGGGGAAUAAAAGGGGCAGAUUUUGUGUUUUAUGUUAGUGCAAUGGCCACUGAAAGGUGCAACAAAGGACUUACAGUUGCAUACGCUGCUCAUUGCCAGCAAGAAUCAGCACUAGAUAGGCCGAUAGCUGGUCAUGCUAACUUCUGUCCAAAUAGCAUAAAUACUAAACCUCAGGAGCUUGAAAUUCUUUUAUCAACAGUCAAACAUGAAAUCCUUCAUGCACUUGGAUUUUCUAUCAGUUUAUUUGCUUUUUAUCGUGACUCUGAUGGUAACCCGCUUACACCUCGGGAAGAAAACGGCAAACCUGCCCAAAACCACAGGAUUCAGGCUAGACAGUGGAGUGAUAAAGUUAUAAAAAUAGUAGAAAGGGAAAAAUGGGAUAUCCAUGGAGGGUCUAUUUCACGUAAAAUACAAGUAAUGGUAACUCCGAGAGUUGUGAAAGAGGUAAGGGAGCAUUUUAACUGUUCCACACUAGAAGGUGCUGAGCUUGAAGAUCAGGGAGAAGAAGGAACAGUUUUGACCCACUGGGAAAAGCGUGUGUUUGAGAAUGAAGCGAUGACGGGUACCCACACCCAAAAUCCUGUUUAUUCAAGACUUACAUUGGCUUUAAUGGAAGAUACUGGUUGGUAUUCUGCUAAUUAUUCAAUGGCUCAACCUUUGUCAUGGGGAAAGUCUCUGGGUUGUGACUUUGUUAAGAAAUCUUGUAAGAACUGGAUUGAUAGUAAGAGAACAAAAGGAUUGUCUAUUCAUCCUUUUUGUGAUAAAGUAAAAAGAGAUCCUUUAGAAACUGAAUGUACUGAUGAUAGGACGUCUGUAGCUUUGUGCAACCUUGUUCAAUAUACAGAAAAAUUACCUUCCCAUUACCAGAAUUUUGAUUACAUCCCACAUAUUUCCAAAGGAAAUGAAUCAUAUUAUGGAGGUGUUGUGAGUUUAGCUGAUUAUUGUCCUUAUAUACAAGAAUUCACUUGGAGAGCUCAAAAUGUUGUUAUACGUGGUUCACAUUGCCAGUAUCCAGAUAACAAUCCUCAUCCUGAUAAAAAUUUUGCAUUGGAAGAAUAUGGAGAAGAUUCCAGAUGUUUUGAUCACACUGAUAAAAUGUGGGAGGAACUCACUUGCAAGCAAGUCAGGCAGUGGCAACAUUGGGGAUCUGGUUGCUACCGUUAUAAAUGUUAUUCUGGAUUUUUGCAUAUUAUUAUUAACAAUCACACAUAUACAUGUUAUUUCCGAGGACAGGUUCAUCCAAUAAGAAUUUUUGCUAAUAACUGGUUGCACAAGGGUGCCCUUGUAUGCCCCUCUUGUGAAGAAAUGUGCCAGGGGCAGUUUACUGACCCUUCUGAAACAUGUUUGGAGCCAUUGACUGAAAUACCGAAAAAUGUUAGCUAUCAUAGUGAUUUUCUAAUCUGCUGUGGAUCAUUUUUAAUUGUAGAUUUUAAACUGAUUUUAGGAAUUAUUAUUAUAGUGACUGGUCAUUUUUUAUUAUAGAAAACUUCUAAACUUCUAGGAAUUAUGAAUUUUUUGUUGGAACAACAAUUAUUGCUAUAUUAAUUAUUGCAACAAUUAAUACUGAUCAUAAAUGAAUAGGGAUAUUUCUAUUUGAUUUAUUUUAAUUAAAAUACACUAUUUUUUUGUUUCUUGGGGAUUUUCUUAUUUGUUGGUAAACAUAAAAAGUAAGCAACAAGUAUUCUUUAUUUUUAAUAAAUUAUUAACUAAAGAAUAGUAAACAUGAUGAAUGAAGAAUACUUAUUGUGUAAACCAACAGUUGUUUUCAAUGUUAAUUCAGCAAUAUUCUGUUUAAUGAUGGAAAAACAUCAUAUUGAACCAGAAGUUGGGAAUAUUAUCGUGAGAUUGAGCGGUCAAGAGUACUGGUAAGGGGAUAUCACUGAUGCAAUUGGCGUCUCCCAGAUUUUAGUCUCCUGGGCUUUAGCCAGAUUCAGAGAAACAGGAAGUACCAAUAGGAGACCUGUUAGUGAAUCUCUGGACAUUAAGACUAAGGGAUGACAGAAAUAUUGUUAUUACUGCUGUUGGGGCCAGGGGCACUUCAAAAUGAAAAUACAAACCUUUCCCUGGUGAGUUUCCUCAGUGGUGGGGUAAAUACGAGCAAAAUUAGAUUGUGGGAAAGAAGGAAAAAAAAAAGAGUAAAUAUGAGACCUGUAAAACAUGAAAAAUGCAUGCACAUCAAAAUAUUAAAAUAAAAAUAUUUAGUUAAUUAAAUAUGUUAAGAUAAACAAGUAAAAAAUCCCCUUCUAAAUGUUUACAAUAUUUAUUAAGAUAAACUAUAUAUAU